AACAACCAAAAGGAAUAGUGAUCCACUGAUUGUAGACGCCGAAGCCAGUUUAGCGAAAGCUUCUAUUCCGUCAACAACCAUUUGAAUAACACCACUUUUCAUCUCCAGUUUUCAUAUCCUUCAUACACUAUUAAAUAUACAAGAAGUGUAGUCGGACAGUUGCUCAAUUGUAGCAGAAUAAAAUGUAAACUAUGUGAUGCAAUCGUUUUUCGAAACGACCUCAAAAAGGGACGGAGAUGCUUCUCCGCCAAUAGCAUUCUAGCCAAGUGACCUAGGAGUGCGUGGAUACCUUAAGCUGUAUGCCUUAUAUGCAUUGCCGACAUAUGGUUGCACUGAUUACAGCUUACUACAUUCUUUCUUUUACGGCUACGGCAGCUUUACUACUGUCAGAAGAAAAUGUUAAGUACAAUCUACAAAUUAAGGGGACCGCAGUUUUAGAUGAGAUCAGCAAUGAUGUGAUAAAAGUAUUUUCGAAGUCUGGCCAAAAGUUCUCUUGUUAUUGGACUGAUGGAAACUUCAGCACAUCUGAGAGCGUCGCUUCAUACUUGUCUAAUAGUGCUAUUUAUUCAUUAUUCUCGAUGCUUAAUGAGUCGGACUGUUUAUCGGUGAGGAAAGGCUGGUGGACAUAUGAAUUUUGCUUCCGAAAGCACAUUAUUCAAUAUCAUGAUGGGUCCAGAAAAACCUCUGAAACCCUUCUUGGGGUCUACGACCAUGAUUACAACUGGGAUAAUUCUUCACAGAUUGAAGAUAAACCCAAAUAUCACAGUCAGUUUUAUAUCAAUGGCAGUACCUGUGACUUAACAGGUAAUCACAGAAAGGCAGAAGUGCAGUUUGUGUGCACUGACACACCUCAGUUUUAUAUAGUCUCUGUUGAUGAGCCUGAAACAUGUGUAUAUUUGCUGAAGAUCUCAACUCCAAAUUUGUGCACUAAUAUGCAUUUCACCUUGGACGCUUCUGUUAAGUCACAUGGCAUCAUGUGUCAUCCGGCUCUGAAUGAAUCUGACUACCACACAUAUCAAGCCUCAGUGAAGUCAAAGAAUCCAAAUCCUCAGUUAUCUUCCAUUGAAAGUUCGAAAAAUGUCAAAAUAUCUACAAAACGUGUAUUUACUUACAGAAAUGUGUAUGAUAAAAUUCGUGACAAUCGACGCAGACAUCAGUUGAACUCUUUCAGGCGGUCAGUGGGGCAAUUCUUGAAAGGUCUAAAGGCAUUUUCAACCCUGUACAAGAAGCAAAAGCUGAGAACUAUGGAUUUUUAUCCGGUCUUUUUGUUGGAUUCAAACUCAGUUAAUACAUAUGCUUUAUGGUCUCAUAUAACUCAGUUCAUUGGAAGUUUCUUAAAUUUCACCCCCUUUCUUUUAAAAGGGAGCACUGCUGCAUAUAGUGUCCCUUUAGACGUUGUGAAAAUCUCCAUCAUCGUAACUAAAAGUGUUAUAUCAGAAAUGGAAGAUUAUUAUCAGUUACUUGAGAAGUCUUUAUUACCUGAACAAGCAAUGGGGUUGAUAUCUGCGUUGAAUCUAACUGAUAUCUAUGAAUCUGUUGGUCAAAUGUGGAACACUCUUUCUAACUAUUCAGACCCCACUAUGGCACAUAAAAGUCUGUCCAUUUUGAUUCAUGCCUUCAAAAAACACAAAGUUGACAUUCCAACUAUUGAAGAUGUACCCCUUCCCAGCAUACGUGUUAAAUCAAGUAAUAGCAUUGAAUAUUACUAUCGCAAGUAUAAAUUGCAUUUUGAAUCUUCCAUAUAUGGGUACAACAAUGAUGAUAAUCGUAUUGUUCAACAUCAUAAUAGGAAACCAGCAUACAACCUUUUAAGUUAUGAAGAAUACUCAAACAUAUUUCCUAUAAUGGAAAAAGUGAAAAAGUAUACCAAUCUCUUCUUGACGGUCUUGAAAUUGGAAGCCAAGAAACUUGUCUUGCUUCAUAAUGCGAUGGAAGCAAGUCAUACUAUUGAAGAACAGCUAGAACAAACUCUUGCUAGUGUGUUGACUAAUUCAAAGGUCAAAGUUAUCAUGGUGCGAGGAAGCGAUAGUGUUUUGAAUGGUAAAUCUAAUCGGGCAGGUCAAUGGAAAGACGGUCUUUCAAAAUCUCUUGGACAGCAAGAAAUUAUGGAGAUUAUACAAAAAGUUGUCACAAAUUUAAGUCCCAAAACUUCAGACGAUUUUGAUGUAUUUGAAACAUCAGAAAAUCAGGCUGGCCUGUCAACUUAUCUUAUCAUGCCAAGUGGACCAAAAAGAAGGAGGAAAGACGUGUACGAGAAUUGGAGAAAAACUAUCAAUUUACUUUCCCACCAAAUCAAGAAAAUAAUUAAAUUUGAUAACGCAGAUGACGUUGAAUAUAAUUGUCUGUUGGUCAACCACUUCAUUCAUUCCAUUUUCUUGAUUAUUUUCUGCUUCAUUUUGUUACUUCGAAAUAUAAUAUUAUUGUUGCUUUUUCUAUGUGGAUGAUAGAAGUGAAUUCUGCUUUCUUUUGUAAAAAGUUGUUGGCCAAUAUUUCUGUUAAACAGUUUAAAUGUGAUUUUACCACUUAGUUGUCUUAACAAUUCAUUAUUAUUGAAGUCACUUCUUUUCUCUCUCACUCACAGACAGUUACUGUCAUUUUCACUACGACUACGUACGUUAUCGUAUGCUCUUAUGGAUGGAAAUCAUCUGCGUGUUCUUGUUUUGACAUAGUAAUAUAAGAGAUAAAGGGGAGAAGAAAAUGAUAUCAGUAUAUAUCAUAUAUAUUUCACCAUUCCCCUUGUUUAUUCCUCUUUAUUUAUGUGUGUAUGCUAGGCAUGAAUGUUUGUGUUUAAGUGUAUUUACUUGUAUAUGAUUUUUGUGAUGAAAUAUUAAAUUCAGUUCUCUCCGAUCAUUGUUUUUUUGUAAAACAGUCUAUAACAUACACCUUUGUACCGCCUCUCCACAAGUCAUCUCAUAAAUAAUGAACUACAGAUUCUCCUAACUUUAAGGAACAAAUAUAUACCUGCACAAGUCAAAUUAAUUUAAUUUCGAACUAGAUUAUUUUAUAUGAUAUAGUACUGAAUGUCGUUUCGAGCACAACUUAUCCCAUAAUCAUAUCAGGGCUAUCACGUAACUUUCAGACUCAUUUUUUUUAUAGCUCUGCUGAUUUCCUUUGAUUUUAUUGAUAUUAAAAGUUAUUAAAUGUUCG